AUGGCCAUCCAACAACCUCUGUUAGACAAGCCUAAAAAUUCCGUUUCCAAAACUAUCUUACUCCUUUCUGUAAUUGCAGUUCUAAGCUCUUCAGCCUUUAUUGCUUCUUAUCUCUUCAAACCAUCGUUUGUCUUCAACAAUUUCUCCCUUCACCAUGUCUGUGAUCACGCACUUGAUACUGCAUCCUGCUUAUCACAUGUCUCGGAAGUAACCCAAUCUCUUGCAUUGACCUCAACAAAAGACCACAAAUUCAAUUUGCUCAAAUCAUUCCUAAUAAAAUACACCUCACACAUUGAGAAAGUCAAGGACACAACCAAUGCUAUCAAACUCAGGGUCAACAAUCCGAGAGAGGAAGCAGCUUUGCGGGACUGUGUGGAGCUGAUGGACUUGUCCUUGGACAGAGUUUGGAAUUCUAUGUUGGCUCUAACGAAACAAACCACUGAGUCGCAACAAGAUGCACACACAUGGCUAAGUAGCGUGCUAACUAAUCAUGCAACUUGCCUGGAUGGAUUAGAGGGAGCGGCUCGGAGUGUUAUGGAGGCUGAACUUGAGGACUUGAUAUCUAGGGCAAGAACCUCUCUAGCCAUGUUUGCUGGGGCAUAUUUGCCUCCAAAGGUUGAACAAACAAUUGGUGAACCCCUAAAUGGGGACUUUCCCUCAUGGGUGAGCAGCAGGGAUCGGAGGCUUUUGGAGAGUGUGGUUGGGGACAUCAAGGCCAAUGUUGUGGUGGCUCAGGAUGGCAGUGGCAAGUUUAAGACUGUCACUGAGGCUGUGGCAACCGCACCAGACAACGGUCAGACAAGGUACGUUAUUUAUGUGAAGAAGGGAACGUACAAAGAACAUGUUGAAAUUGGUAGUAAGAAGAAAAACGUGAUGCUGGUGGGUGACGGUAUGGAUGCAACUAUAAUCACCGGCAGCUUGAAUUUCAUCGACGGAACAACAACCUUCAACAGUGCCACCGUUGCUGCUGUGGGUGAUGGAUUUAUAGCCCAAGACAUAUGGUUUCAAAACACAGCGGGAGCGGAGAAACACCAAGCAGUGGCUCUUCGCGUCGGCGCGGACCAAUCCGUCAUAAACCGUUGCCGCAUUGAUGCCUUUCAAGACACUCUCUAUGCCCAUUCCAACAGACAGUUCUACCGAGACUCUUUUAUCACUGGCACCAUUGACUUCAUCUUUGGAAAUGCCGCUGUUGUCUUCCAAAAGUGCAACUUGGUGGCCCGAAAGCCCUUGAGUAACCAAAACAAUAUGGUGACCGCGCAAGGAAGAGAAGAUCCAAACCAAAACACAGGGACUUCUAUUCAACAGUGUAACCUAACGCCCAGCUCAGAUCUUAAGCCUGUUGUGGGUUCCAUCAAAACUUUUCUGGGUCGACCAUGGAAGAAGUACUCCAGAACUGUUGUGAUGCAGUCGUCAAUAGACAACCAUGUUGACCCAACAGGAUGGGCCGAGUGGGAUGCCCAGAGUAAGGACUUUUUGCAAACGUUGUAUUAUGGAGAGUACAUGAACAGUGGAGCAGGUGCUGGAACCAGCAAGAGAGUGAAUUGGCCUGGUUACCAUAUCAUCACAAGUGCAGCGGAGGCCAGCAAAUUCACUGUAACACAACUCAUCCAAGGAAAUGUUUGGUUGAAGAACACCGGGGUCAACUUCAUCGAAGGCCUCUAA